UUUCAGAUUUUUUUCUACGAGACUUACUGGACGAAAGGGUACAGCUGUGCGCCUGGAGGAGGCCAUGACGUCAUCAAAAAUCGCUCUAAUUCUCUGGGGCGUCUUCUUCCCUUAUUUUGUCGAUCUGACGAGGAGCUUUACAUGCCCAGCUACCCAAAUUCAGUGUCGCAAAGGUCACACGUGCGUGCAUCUCCACGACGUCUGCAGGAACGGCGAACAGUGCCCAGACGGGUCCGAUGAGGACCCCCGAAUUUGCUCGUUUUGGACUUAUACUUCAUAUGAGUGUCACAACGGAGACUUUUACUGUGAAAGUUCAUACCAAUGUUAUGGCAUUUAUGACAUCUGUCAUAAAUGCAGCAGGCACAGCCAUGAUCCUGCCAUUUGUGAGCUAGUUAAAAAGGGGAGACUUCAGUUAGACGGGGAUGAUGGUGGAGUGGGCAUGGUAUUAACCGAACGGUUGGUCAGCCUGAUGCAGGAAGCUGUCAACAUCACUUCUAAGCAAAGGAAGCCCUGUCCGAUGUUCUUCGUACCUGUAGGGGAAUAUUGUCUUUCUUUCUCUCUCUAGCAAAGGUCUCCUGGGCUGAGGCAAGGCAGUUCUGCAUCUCUCUUGGAGGAGACUUGGUGUCCGUUGACGAACUUAAUCUCUUCACGGAAAUUUUGAAUUACAUGAGAGACUCGCAUCUGACGAGCGACUACUGGAUCGGCGGCCGGUUCGACUUAGAUGCCAAUGCAUGGGCCUGGGUACAAGACGACUCUUCAAUGCCACUGGGGUCUCCUUACUGGGGGACGAGGUACAACAAGUCUUGUAUGCCAAGACCUCCACCCCACACUGACCCUUCCACAGUGCCACGUUUGGCCCUUCCUGGAGCGCCUUGUUUUAAAUACUACCAGACGCCUUCGAAUCGCGCAGCGGGAUGGUGCGCUGCGAUAACCUACGAACAAUACCAUUUUUUCACCGACGAACCAUGCGUAGACGCCUACAGCCCUCUGUGCCAAAGGAGGGCUAACUAGAGAACUGAAAUAUCCUAGAGACUUAGACCCCUGGUUCGUUGGACAUCUGGUUACGGAAACAGCCCUGGUUCCUGGUUCCUAAGCGCCCACUCCAAAAACAGUUGCUGUCAUACUGUGUAUACUAUUCAUGUUAGGUGCAGAGGUAUUCAACUUUAUAGCUUUUUCUUUCGUACUGUUAUUACAUUAUUUAAACUGGCAGACACUGAAUUCCCCUGUCUUUUACAAUCUUAAACGCCCAUAGCUUUACUUUAUACGUCAAACUGGUUAUUCAAUCCUUGAUCAUUACUCUUUUCUGCAACUAGAAUCCCCAAAUGUUAGAUAUGUUUCUAAACUGAUUUUUACCAAAUGUUCCCAAUAAAUUUCUGCUUUACUUUUAACCUUCACCCAUUCAUUUUUUCUGUUACUGAGCCAGCGCCAAAAACGGCGUUUUUCUGCAGAGGAUUUACUUAUACACAGGCUGUUCGGUUUCGUAAACACUUAGCUGUUGAAAUUCAGGACUGCAAUUGUUGUCGUUUAUUUUCUUUAGUUUAAAACUCGCGAACAAAUAUAUUUUCUAUGAGAAAGUCCUUCUUGCCAUAUUUGCUUUUUGACCUAUAUAAUCCAAACAAAUAAAGGAAAAUAACC